AUGCACAAGGUACAGGUCUGUUGGAUUCUCCUCCCACAGACAGCAACACAUGAUUUUAAAAGAGAGAGAAAACUGCUACUAGUGGAAUUUCCGCAUAUUACGGGACAAAGAAAGCUUGUGCUACGCUUUAGAGGGGAAGAUACUCGCAAGACUUUUGUGGAUCAUCUCUACUCAGCUCUCGAAGAACAGGGGAUCUACACUUACAAGGAUGACAUAACACUUGCUCGGGGAGAAUCGAUCAGCCCUUCCCUGUUGAAGGCUAUUGGAGAAUCGCAGAUUGCCAUCAUCGUGUUCUCUAAAAACUAUGCAAAUUCGACCUGGUGCUUGGAUGAACUUACACAUAUCAUUAAAUGCAGGAAUGAGAUAGGGCAAACUGUUAUGCCCAUAUUUUAUGACGUGGAUCCCUCUGAAGUGAGAAAACAAAAACGAAAAUACAAAGAAGCAUUUGACACACAUGAGGUGGAGAACAAGAACAGAAUUAAAUCUUGGGGACAAGCAUUUGUUGAUGACCCUUGGGGAUGGCUCUCUGCACCGCUCAAGCAAAAUCGAAAAUACAGAGAAGCUGCUGCCAAACAGGAAUUGGAGCACAAGACCAAGGUUGAAUCAUGGAGUAAAGCACUUGUGGAGGCAAGUAACAUUUCUGGAUGGGAAACCACGCAGAUUGCCAACGGGCAUGAAUCACAAGGCAUCAAACAAAUUGUCGUCGAAAUUUCGCAGAAAUUGUAUCCACUAACUUCAAGAGCAGAUGAAAACCUGAUUGGAAUGGCCGUACGAGGGCAAAGUUUGAAAUCAGAGUUACAAAUUGAGUCAGGCGGUCUUCUCAUGAUUGGAAUAUGGGGGGUUGGGGGUGGUGGUAAGACUACUCUUGCAUCUUCGGUUUAUAGAGAAAUCUCUAGCAAGUUUAAUGGUUGCUGCUUUAUUAAAAAUAAUCGAGAGGAAUCAAGCAGGUAUGGGCUGGAAAAGUUGCAAAAAAAAAUUCUUUCAGAAAUGAAAGUAAACAAAGUUGGAGGAGGAAGAUCCUUGAUAGAUAAUAGGUUACGCCGUAGAAAGGUCUUGAUUGUUCUAGAUGAUGUCCAUCACCUCGACCAAUUAAAAGCAUUAGCUGGGUCACAUGAUUGGUUCGGUGAAGGAAGCCGAAUAAUUAUUACAACCAGAGAUGUGCAUUUAUUAAAUGCACACAGAGUAGAUGUGAUGCAUAAUAUUAGCUUAUUAAACAAUGAUGAGGCUAUGAAGCUCUUUUGCAAGCUUUCACCGCAAGAUAACAGACCUAAGGAAGAUUACGAGCGGCUUUCAAAAGAAGUGGUUUCUUAUGUUGGUGGGCUCCCAUUAGCACUUUCAGUUCUUGGUCCUUUCCUGUGUGACAAAGAUAUUGACGAGUGGAAGAGUGCUUUAGCCAGAUUGAAAGACAUCCCAAAUGAUGAUAUUGUGGGAAAGCUAAAACUCAGUUUUGAUGGACUUACAAAGGUUGAGAAAGAGUUGUUCCUUGAUAUUGCCUGUUUUUUUAGGUGGGAGAACAAAGAAAAGUCAAUGGAGAUACUUGAUGCUUGUGGUUUUCAUCCUGUUAUAGGAGUGAAGGUGUUGAUACAAAAGGCUCUCAUAACUAUUUCAGAAGAUGGAGAAUUUGAUAUGCAUGAUCUGGUGCAAGAAAUGGGACAUCACAUUGUUAGAGGGGAACACCCUAACAACCCUGAAAAGCAUAGUAGAGUUUGGAAGAAGGAAGAUGCUAUAAAAAUAUGCUCUAUGGAUGCAACGACGGAACUUGAUAUGAUUGAAGCAGUCGGACUUGGAUUCUUUGUUUUUCCACUUGGGGAUAAUCUACCACUUGUUGCAAACGGGAAGAACCUUAGGUGGAUUCAAUGGCAAUGUGAUAUUGCAAUUCAUUUGCUUAGUAACUUUCCACAAAGGACGCUCUGUUGUCUAAUAUUGGGGUCUGGCCUUCAAAAACAACUAUGGGAGGGUAAUAAGUUUCUGCCAAAUUUGAAGAUCAUUGAAUUUUGGAGUUUUCAUAACCUAAUCGUGACACCAGAUUUUUGUGGACUUCCAAAUCUUGAAAGAUUCAUCCUUACUAGGUGUUUCUAUUUAGAAGAGAUUCAUCCAUCAAUUGGACGCUUGGAAAGACUUGUUUUCUUACGUAUAGCACACUGUCCCCGUCUUGAGAUGUUUCCACCCAUUACCCAACCAAAGAAACUUAAGACCCUUGAAUUCUCAAGCUGCCCCAAACUUUUUAAUAUCUCAGAGAUCCAGAAGCAGAACAUUGAUAAUUUAGGGAAUCUUGAUUUGGAUAAUAGUGGGAAAGAAGUUGAAUCCUCUAUGGAAUGUUGUUUAGAGGAGCCUUGUUUACCUCGUAACAACAUGAAGCCUUGUUUGCAUGACAACAUGAACCACAUAGGGUUGCAGUUUUUUUUCAAGGACAUAAGAAAGUUGGAUCUAAGCUUUUGCAGUUUGGGAGAUGAAGAAAUUUUCUCUGCUGAUUGGGAGUUGCCCAACUUGGAAGAACUCAAUCUAAGAGGAAAUGACUUUUCACUAUUAAGUUUUAGUCGCUUGAAACUUCCUCGGCUCAAACUGCUAAACGUGUCAUAUUGCCAAGGCCUUGUAGAAUUGUCAGAGCUGCCAUCAAGUAUAGCUGUUAUUUUGGCUGAUUCUUGUACAUCACUUGAAACCUGUGGAGAUGUUUCAAACUGUAAAUGGUUGUGGAACAUCUCACUUCAGUUUGGGAACAAUUGUGGUGGUGACAUAUUACUACAUUCCGUGCUCCAGGGAAAUGCUAUUCAGGAUCACUUUAUCAUUGUCAUUCUUGAAAGUCAGAUUCCAAAGGAAUUUGAAAGUAGACUAUUUAGGAGGAACACAUUUACACUGCAUUUUCCAGAUGAUUGGUACAGUGACUUUUGCGGGUUCUUAAUAUGUGUGGUCACAGAAGACAUUUCUCCGAAAAUUAAUAUAGUUAUCAAGCAGGGGGUAAUUAAUUAUUAUCCAUUUUGGCUUAUGUCAAAUGAAGUGGAGCCUGAAUCUGAUGGAAUGAGGACAUUUGUAGGAUAUGUUUCCUUUGGUUCAUUGAGGCACACUGCAUUUUCAAACUCAUCUUACACUAUGAUUUCAGUUUACACAAACAUAGACAGUUAUGUUGUAGCUAAGCUUGUUCCUAGGAAAUCUAAAGCUCAGGUCCAAACAACAAAAUUCGCAACAGACUUCUCAGAAUUUUACGAGCAGGAACUCAAUUAUGGCGAACCGUCAUUUACUAUCCAAGAUGGUCCAAAUUCUUCUAUCAAGAUUAUAUGGCAAACACCCCAGUCGUCGCGGGCGUAGGGUAUUAGUUGAUCCGGGGCUGAGUGAUAAAGAUUUAGGCCGAGGUUGAGAGUGCUCUUUAUGUACUAUAGGAUGUGUUUUAUUACAUUGGAUUGUGGUUCCAGUGGUGCAUGCAUAAAUAAGCAUAUAGUUUCGUUGAACGAUGUAAAUUAUGCCUGGCCUUGAAAAUGUGAGAUAUUGCAAAGCACCCACUAGACAUGGGUAUAGGGAGGGUCCGGUGAUCGGGGUGCCCACUAUGGCACUGACUUUGGAACUAGUGAUCAAUAGGGGUGGCAACCGGAACGGUUUAAAGUUAUUAGACUAGAUAUUUAUUAUCAUGUAUUUAUGUAUGUAGAUAAGUCGUAGGCUAGCAAUACUUUCCAUAUAGAAAUCAUUGUUCAUGUAUUUAUACCUCAUUGAUUAAAGAGAGGCAUCAAAGUUUU